AUGCUGCCUCCCGUGGCCUCAACUGUCCUGUCCUUGAUGUUGCUCUCUUGCCUAAUGCUUCUGUCUCAGGUGCAAGGACACCUAGUGUCUGUGCUCAGUGCAGAGGAGAAUUCCUAUGUGUCCUCCUUCCUGAAGAGCCGUGUGCACAACUACCUAUAUGUCUGGAUUGGUCUACAUGACCCCAUACUGGGUUAUGAAUCCCAUGGAGAUGCUUGGCAGUGGAGUAACAAUAAUAAGCUGAAGUAUGUUAACUGGGAAAGGAAUCCCUUCACUGCCAUAGACCGUGGUUACUGUGCAAGUUUGACAGCAAAAUCAGGAUACAUGAAGUGGAGGGACUACCCCUGUGACAUGCUGCUGCCCUAUGUCUGCAAGUUUAAGAACUAG